ACGGCUGCCCCUUGCCUCAUCUUCGCCUCCACGGUGGAAAGGCUGGGGCCGCGGGGCAGGGAAGAAAGGUUAUCUGUGCUUGUUGGACAAACAGAGAGGAGAUUAUAAAGCACGCCCGGUGGAGGGCUCCAUGCAUUCUGCAAGCCGCCCUGGGGUGCAGCUCAGCUGGACAUGGGACCACGGGACGCCCAGCUCCUGGCAGCGCUCCUUGUCCUGGGGCUCUGUGCCCUGGCAGGGGCCGAGAAACCCUCCCCCUGCCAGUGCUCCAGGAUAAGUCCUCAUAACAGGAAGAACUGCGGCUUCCCAGGGAUCACCAGUGACCAGUGCUUUGACAAUGGAUGCUGUUUCGACUCCACUGUCGCUGGGGUCCCCUGGUGUUUCCACCCCCUCCCGAAGCAAGAGUCGGAGCAGUGCGUCAUGGAGGUCUCUGCCCGAAGAAACUGUGGCUACCCAGGCAUCAGCCCUGAGGAGUGCGCCUCUCGGAAGUGCUGCUUCUCCAACCUCAUCUUUGAAGUGCCCUGGUGCUUCUUCCCGAAGUCUGUGGAAGACUGCCAUUACUGAGAGCCGCUGGCUCCAGCGAAUACAUCAGGCUCACCGGGUGUUCCGAAACAAAAGGGGAAGCUUCACCGUCUGUCAGCUUCAUAGCUCAUGAAAUCCCGGGCUGUCUGAAUCGUCUUUUUAUCCUUUCAAUGGCCUAAUGUACAAUUUCUUUAAAUAAAACUCUUAAAAUCUGCUA